AAUAGAGGUUGCUUAAACCACAUAUUGCCGGUGAAACAUUGAUCCACCGAUGACAACAAUCAUAACAACCAUCACAACACUACUACUGUUUUCCACCAUCACUAACGCCGAUAACCCACCUCAACCAACACCAUGGCCGGAACAAUUCCACUCCGUUCUCGUACUGAACUCCACCGACGAGCUUCAACUAAUAGACCUUUACUACGACUGGACCAACGGCCGGAACUUCAACAUCAUCCAGUACCAACUCGGAACCGUACUCUACGACAUCGAAUGGAACAACGGCACUUCCUUCUUCUUUACUAUUGAUUCCGACCGCCAGUGCUCCUCCGUGCAGCUGGAUGUCGGAAUUUUACGACCCAAUUGGCUCGCCGGAGCUACAUACGUCGGUCAACGGCAAGUUGACGGCUUCGAUUGUUAUGUUUGGGAGAAGGCUGAUUUUAUUACGUAUUAUGAAGAUGUUGUGACUAGACGUCCAGUCAAGUGGGUCUUCUACACGGGAAGGGAAGCACAUGUGAUGACAUUCGAAGUAGGUGCGGCUCUUGAAGAUGCAAAAUGGCAGGUCCCUUGGUAUUGUUUUGAGCAGACGACUCCUGUUACGACAAUGGAGGACAUUAGUGGCACCAUCAGGCAUCGGGGUCUGGUAGAUUUUGGCACUCGCAGGAUUAUAAAUAUGUAGAAGUGAUUGUGGCUUCACAUGUUUCCAUUUUGUUCCACUUUUCAAUGAUAAAACAAAUGCAAGGAAAUCUUCAUGAAUUUGUUAUUUGAUGAUUGUUUUGUUCUGUGGCUGGCUACCUUUAAAUCAGACAAAAUUUGAGGUGGAUUAUGUCCCAAUCAUAUAAAAAUACUGACGUGAAUAAUUGUUUGAUCAUGUAAAACUAUAUGAGCUUUUAUUUAAAAAGGUUCACUUUAUAUGA